AGCAAGAUACAGGCGCUGCCAAGUCAGGCGCAGGCUUCAGCCAUCCAAGAGGCACCCCUGCAAACUUGCUUCCAGGUGCUUCGCGCGCAGAAGGUGGUGUUUUUCCCUCCCCUCUGCAGGGCUCGCGCGCUCUCCUAGACAGGUAGAAGCCGCGCGUCCACCGCCAGGGAGAGGCGCGCUCCUCUCCCCCCCCCACCUCUCCCCAAGACGUGAGAAAAUCGGUCAGCUUUUGGGACAGUUCAGAGACAGGAGAGAGGGAUGGAGGGAGUAGGGAGAGACGCCAACCUGAACCGGCAGAAGAGAGUGGAACUUGAUAAAGGGAAGCUCGCCGUCAGUAUCUGAAGACAAGAAAAACUGAGUCUCGCUUAGAGGAGGCAGCUGGAGGUCAAGAUUGGCUCCCGUAGCUGGGCGAGGAAGGGAGAAUCGACCAGAAACUAAUUCGGUGUUUAGGAGUUAGAGAAUUGUCUCGCGAAAGCCCUUCUUUGCUGCAGAAACUCAAGAGAAAGAGAGAACGAAGCCACUUCCAACAACUCCGCGAUCGUUUAUUAUGAUGGCUUUGGGGGCAAGGCGGGAGGAGAAGGCGAACAGGUGAUCGGUGCGCGAUUCUUUAUCCCGCUUCCACCCUCGCCCCCACCCCAAACCAUUUAACUUCUUUCCCUUCCCACCGCCACCCCACCCGGGCUGGACUACUCCCUCCUUUCGAGAACACGCCCCGGUAUGCUGAAGGAGAGAGAAAAGCGUUCGAGACACUAAGGCUGAACCUGCGGGGAAAUUCUCUCGAGUUGCUGCUGCAGCCGCGCCGCCGUCGCCGCGACAGGGAGAGGAGACGGGAGUCCUUUACAUCCUUCCCCGCGCGCGCGCGAGCUUUCCAGGGCUGCGUGUGACAGGCAUACAAAUCCGGAAUCGAGAGGGAGCGAAGAGAGACCCAGUGGAGGGCGAUGGUGAUUGCCUCUUGGGAUUUACAAACACACACCGCUCGCUCCGGGUGGCUCCGAGCGCAGGAGGGCUGGACUGUUUUGUCUGAGCUACUUUGACCUGGCGUUGCACUGUCUGAGACACCGAGAAAUCCACCAGGGCGCAGAGAGCGUGCAGGGGGGCAGGCAUUAUCACCAGUACUAUUGUUAUUUUAAAUACUUUAAAAAAAAAAAGACAUAACUUUCGCAUGUUGAUCUGAAAGCCAACGGCGAUCGAGGAAUAUGAACAGGAAAACCAGGCGCUGGAUAUUCCACAUCUUUAUGAGCCUAGGGAUUGUCUAUAUCAAAAUAGGGGGUCUUUCUUCGGUCGUGGCUUUGGGAGCCAGUAUCAUCUGUAAUAAAAUCCCAGGAUUGGCUCCAAGACAGAGGGCUAUCUGUCAGAGCAGACCCGAUGCCAUCAUCGUGAUCGGGGAAGGCUCCCAAAUGGGAAUCAACGAGUGUCAAUUUCAGUUUCGCAAUGGUCGGUGGAACUGCUCCGCCCUGGGCGAGAGGACCGUCUUUGGAAAAGAGCUGAAAGUGGGUAGUAGAGAAGCAGCGUUCACCUAUGCCAUCAUUGCUGCUGGAGUAGCCCAUGCCAUCACUGCUGCCUGCACCCAGGGGAAUCUGAGCAAUUGUGGCUGUGACAAGGAAAAACAAGGACAGUACCACAAAGACGAAGGAUGGAAGUGGGGAGGCUGCUCUGCAGACAUCCGAUAUGGAAUAGGAUUCUCCAAAGUGUUUGUGGAUGCAAGGGAGAUUAAGCAAAAUGCAAGGACUCUCAUGAAUUUGCACAACAAUGAGGCUGGGCGGAAGAUCCUUGAAGAUAACAUGAAGCUGGAGUGCAAGUGCCAUGGAGUGUCAGGAUCAUGCACUACUAAAACAUGCUGGACAACUCUUCCUAAAUUCAGGGAGCUGGGCUAUAUCCUUAAGGAAAAAUACAAUGAAGCUGUUCAGGUUGAACCUGUGCGGGCAAGUCGUAAUAAGCGUCCCACUUUUCUGAAGAUAAAGAAACCGCUCUCCUAUCGUAAACCGAUGGAUACAGACUUAGUCUACAUAGAGAAGUCACCCAACUACUGUGAAGAGGAUCCUGUGACUGGCAGUGUGGGUACACAGGGCAGAAUGUGCAACAAAACAGCCCAGCAGACCAAUGGCUGUGACCUGAUGUGUUGUGGACGAGGUUAUAAUACCCAUCAAUAUUCCAGAGUCUGGCAGUGCAACUGCAAAUUUCACUGGUGCUGUUAUGUCAAAUGUAACACAUGCAGUGAACGAACAGAAGUCUAUACCUGUAAAUGAAAGCGUGGCUUUGGCAGGGGAACCUAAAGCCUUGGAGUACACACCUUUUUUUGCACAUAAGCUCAGUGUAUCUAAAUAAUACUGUAGCAAAGGCCCAAAUGAUUUCCAAAAGAAAAUCCAGUAAAAUAAUCCCAUUUCCCCUCCCCACCUUUUAACAGUGUUUAUGUGGAUAUUGGUCAAAGACUUUUGGGAAUAGCCCAAACACUACACCCAGAUUUUUUAAAAGGAAUCCAGAAACAAACUAUUUGCCUAACACAAAACUUUAGCUAACAUAAACGAUACAAAAAUAAAAUAAAUUGGAGAAAUACUCAAUCUGGGCCAUCCAAACCUUACGGACUGCCUUAAAAUUGUGGGAAAAAUUGAACAUCCUUGGAGGAGGCAUUCAUGAGGCCAGUUGAAAGUGAACAAAAGACCAUGCAAUGUGCCUAAAGUGUGAUCUGAGAAAAAAAGUCAUAUUUUAAGAGGGGCUUUGUCCACAAUCGGGCGACAAUGCACCUGUGUGAAUUUCCAUUGAAAGAGUGUGAAUUAUGCAGUUGUAGGGAUUUCUAUAUUUGUGAAAAACUUCUGUUGGUUGUUCCUUGUUGGUUAUUCCUUGUAUUCCCAUUCUUCAGCUUGUGCUAAUGCAAGUAGACCAAUGGGUGCUUCCCAUAUAAACACUGGUUUAGCUGCUUUUCUGCUCUGCUGCUGAUUUUAGCACAGUGUGUUGGGAAAUCUCGGCAUAAUAAUUAUAGCAAUAUUUAAUCACUUUUGCAGAUAAAACUAAUAUUAAUUUAUUUAAUUAAAAACUCUCUACCACCAUUUUUUUGGAAGCAUUCUGCAAUUAAAGUAGAUAGCCUGCUUUUUUGUGGAAUCAUUUUUGUAGAUUCAGUAGAGGGGAAAACCCUUGAGGUGUAUAUAUUAUUGUUUACUUAGGUAUUUCUACUAGUUGCAAAUGCAGGAUAGUUUCUGCAGGUAUUAAGUACAAAAGCAGGCAUCUUUUAUAAUUUUGGGCUGAAUGCUGCUAGUUGUCUGGAAUUUCAAAUUGCUAUUCAUUCCUCUAUAUAUCACAGUACACAAUUUUUCCAUUUUUUUAAAAAAGGAUCAUUUCAAAAACCCAGUUGGAAAUAACACAUGACCUAUAAAUGCAAAAUGCCAGACAAGUUUCCACCUUUGGAAAAUGAACCAUGGGAUAAAAGAAUAUAUUUUGUAAGAGACUAUUUUUAUAUGAAUAUUUUAUUUAUACUAUAUCUGCUUGUAAAAUUCUGUAACCUGUAAUUUUUCUCAAAACAGGCACACCAUUUGUAAUUCAUAGGCUAUUUAACAAUUAAGGCCAGUUACUUCGUUGACAUAAAAAGUAACAAGCUGGUGUAUAUACAAAAUACAAAAUGAAUUUUCUCUCCGGAUGUAUGUACAGAGUGGCUGUAGUUCCUGUAGUUCAAUUUGCAGAAUAUGCAGAACAAGAACAGAGUAUGUAGCAUCAGUUUUGUCACAAGGCUUGAAUUGAUGGUUGGAAUUAACUGGAUGCUCCUUUAUCCCAUUCAAAAAGAGAGAGAGAGAAACAAAUCUGAAUUAGCUUCCCAGAUGCGUCAGUCAUUAAACUGUGGCAUUAUGACUAGCAAAUGUGCUGUGUGUGCUGUCAGUUAAACCUCUAUAUUGUGCUCCUGUCAAAUUUGAUUUUAUCAGGGUAAGACUGUGGGCGAUGACUAUAAAAACUAGCAUGACACACAUCAUCUGAUUCUCAUAGAUAAGGCAAAAAGCUUACGGGUUUUGUCCAACUGGUUUUUGGCAUUUCCCUUACUCUUCCCUUCCCCUGCCUCCCAAAUAUUCUCAAGUCACAUUUAGAAAAGCUUUCAAUUACCCAUCCAUUUCUCCCACCCACUUGCUUCUUUUGUACUGUUUGGUUUUUACACUUUGGUAUUUCCUUUCUUAUCCCUAAGAUUUUCUAGUGCAAUUAUGCUCAAUUAAAUAGUUUGCUUUUGUGGCAUCAUUGUGAUCAUUCUGCCAGGAUCCAUUAGCAUUUGAUCCCCAAGUUUAUAAUUUAUUAGUAUUUCUGUCUCUCUGGCAAACUGAUACCAAAAUAAAAGAAAUGGGACCAACUUCCAUGUUAUCAUCACACAGGAGACAAACUAGAUGUUUUGGUCUUUUUCUUUUGAGUAUUUAGCAGCAGGAUGCGCAAGAAACAUAUCAAAGGAAAUUAAAAUAGAGAGAGAGAGAAUCUGUUCCAUAUAUUUGCGGUGUGUUUUACAUAGUGAUAUGAAGUCUUCUGCUAAUGUAGUUUUGUGCAAUCACAGAGGGAAAAACAAGAACAUUGGGGGGGGCAUCCUUUUGAUUUUAGGGACCCAAGGAAUAGAGUGCCUGAGAUUACAUCUUUGGUUGUAGCUGGAUGGAUUGUUGAUUUCCCUUUCUGGAAGGAAAAUUUCUUAAUUUCUUAAACCAUGUAAAAUAACAUUCUGCUAAACUCUAAACUUUUCCUGAACACUGCUUUCCAAAAACAGCCCAGGUAAGGCUCUUUAUAUCCCAUUUUGACAUAUUGAAAAGACAGGAUUUUGGAACUGAGGUAAAAUUUUAAAAGGAAUUGCAUACAGUUAGUUGUAUCCGACCUUGCUGCAUUUAAAGCAAGGCAAAUAAUACCUAAACCCAUUAUUUCAAUUACACAGGUAAGUUUAAUUAAAAUAAACUUCUAAAUAAUGGUCCAGGACUGAAAUGGUCUACUUACCAAGUUGGGAGGUCAGUCUGUUCCAUGAACUGUUAACAAAUUAUGAAUCUAGUAGUUUAUUUAGAGACACUGAAUAAAAUAAUGAACUUCAAAGCUAACUGAAAAUCAGCACAAGGCAAGCCAUUUACAGGCCAAUGUGAAAAAGGCCAUUUUUAGACAUAGUUUCCUUGACAUUUUAAAAUCUGCUAAACCACAGAAAUUGCAUUUUAUAUGAUACAAAUAAUAUGUAUGCUAUAAAUCAGGGGAGAAAUCAUACAAUUUAAUUUUAUUGCAUGUAAGCUUGCUGGUUAAGUUAAACUUUGAUUGUUACUCUCAAAGGAGCAGGGCCAUUGACCAUUUAAAACUCCAUGGAACAUAACGUUUGCCAAAUGCAGCUACUCUUAUUAAGGUGUUAGAGAGCAAAGAUAAAGAAUCCCUCAGAGACAGAAGGCCUAUUCUUUUUCGAAUAUUAUCAUUAUCAUAAUAAAGCAUGGAACCAUCAUAAAGAAACAAGAAAUGGAAAUUCUCUCUUCUCCUUCUUCUCCUUUUCCUUUCUCCUCCACCCCCUCCACCACCUCCUCCUCCUCCUCCUCCUCCUCCUCCAUCUUCAUCUUGAUCUUCCUGUAGGCUGGCUACUACUCUGUCUGCUGCAGAUAAUCAACAUUUAAAAUUACUUAAAUUCUUUGAAGUUAUGCUAGACAAGAUUCUGGGGGAAAGAAUUCCAGAAUUUAAGCACCACAGCUGAAAAUUACUUUUAGAGAGGUGAGACUGGAACACUGAGAAAUGUCUUCAGUAAGGAUUCUAAGAAGGGGGAUCCUAAGAGUUUCAAACAUUCUUAAGUCUUUAAAUGAAACUCCAAGACCUUAACUGGAAUUUGGCAACUGACCAUUGCAGCCAGUGCACUGUUUUAAAAUGAUGAGUUAUUCUCCACUAGCUUGAUCCAUUUUAAGCUGCCACAUUUUGAAUUAACUGUAAUUUACAAAAGUGUACCUCAGACACACACAAAACACUACAAAUGUAAAUGGGGUAUCAGCAAGAUGCCUAUUAUUGUAGCCAAUCCUUCCCACCCAGAAAAAGGCUAAACUCUAAGUGUGAUCACUAAAGUCAGUUGAACACCCAAAUCUGAAGUCCUAUGCUGGUCUAUGAACAUAAUAAUUAUUUUGAUUUGAGUCUCUGAAUUAUGAACUUCAAGAGGAAGUGAAACCCCAUUUAAAAAAGCCACAUACUAUUUAAUCAUACAGGAGAGCAAUGCAUUUGCAAUUGUAUUUCUGAUCUGAAUUUAAUCUCAAUGUAAUGGUCUUAAUUCUGUCUAUUAUUGAUCACAAGCUCUAGUUUAAUUUUUCCACAGUUUCAUUGGAAUCUGAUAAAAUACACUGAUGGUACCCUGUUCCAUAUCUGUAGUGGAUGUAUAUUUCACCCACUGACUCCAUAUAGAUUUUAUGUUAAAAUGACAGAAUGAAGAAAGUCUUAAAAAGUACCACAGAAAUGUUUGUUCCACGCCAUCAUUUUUGUGUAUAUUUGAACAGCCAUCCCAAUAGGAGUAGAGUACGUGGAGUACUAUGAUCCAAUUGCCAAUUCACAUUUCACACUACUCCAAAAGGAUGUUAGGGAUGGUUUUAAUGACAACCACCAUCACCAUUAGCAUCUCCCCAACCCCCACAUUUCCCCUGAGAUGGUCACAGAGGCUCCAUUUUACCCAUCAUGCUUUAAUGUCCCAAACCGAGCUGUGAUGAUAUAUAGAAUUAUCUAGUUUUCUUUAAAUGGAAUGGCAGUGCCACUCUUUCCAGGAAAGAUCAGUCUAAGCCUUUUCAUAAACUUAAGAAUAAUGUCACAUCUUAUUUCAGUUCAUUGAUAAAACCAACACAAUAUAGAAUAAUCUCAACAUAGAAACUAUUUUAUUUCUGUAAUUUUCUUACUGCUAUUGCAUCUGGAAAAACAGCCUCAGCAUAAAACGAACUACUGAUGCUUGAGUAGGUUCUGCUAUGUCCUACAAGGGAAGUAGCAGUUUAAAAUAAACAUAAUUAACAACAGUAAUGCAAAAAAUUAUUGUUGUGAACCAUAGAGAGUCCCUUCUUGUGUGAUGGGUGGAAGAAAGAAAGGAAAGAAGGAAGGAAGGAAGGAAGGAAGGAAGGAAGGAAGGAAGGAAGGAAAAAAAGAUAUCACAAUAUCGACUCAACACAAUACCUAAAUACCAUUACCUGAAACAAAAAGAAUCAUAAAGCCUAUUUUUAAUAAGUUAAAAUUAUUUAUCCUAAUGUUUAUUAGCAGCAUCCAUAUAAUCUUUAAUUAGAAUGUUUAUGCUCAAGAUUAUAAAUUCAGAUCUGAAACAAAUAGUUAAGCCAUUUUAAUUUAAAGAGCUUUUACUUGAUUUAAUGUGACAUUGUGAUUUUGCAAGAAAGGGCAUCUGAAGAAUGUGUGAACUCUCAAAUGCAGCAAUGAAUAUUCAUGGAAGAGUAUUCUAAAUUGGUUGCUCCUAGAAGCAGAUGAAGUUUAGGCAGAUUCAACCCAGUGCUCUUCUUGCUGGUCAUAGUUUUGCCAACAAGCAUUGAUAUGCAGCACAUGCCAAUAGGUAGCUCACAGAGUAUUUAACACACUACUUGGGUUGUAUCAAAUGUCACGACCCACUUAGCUCAGAGCCAGUCUGAAGGAUCUGAUCUCUUUCUCUCUUCCAAUCUAUUCUCAAUUUUUGACACACAGAAAUCCCUUAUUGGUUACUAAGGGAGUAAUCUGGAAGUUGUUUGUAUUAAAUGAAAAUAGUAUCAAAGCAAAAAGAAUCAGAACAUCCUAGAACAAACAUUAACGCUAUGCAGAAAAUCAGUGCCAGUAACUAAGGCAUGGUUUGUUUACCUCAAAGAGAGUUGGGGGUGGGAAGGGGAGGGGUCUUGUGUGCUCUAGAAAAGUUGCCAAAGCCCUGCAGACAGCCCAUUUUCUCACUCUUAUCAUUCCAGCGACAGUACUUUUAUUCUUAAAAAGUUUAUGCCUGGUGCUGAAACCUUUCAUUUGGAGAAAAAAAAUCAGGAAUUUCUGUACACUGGGUGCUCCUGGAAGAAAUGUCAAAAAGAAACGUUUUUUAAAAAAACAAAUCAGUUUGGAUCUGAUGAAGAAAUCCAUAUCAUGGUUUUAGUUAAUCACUGCAUGUUAAGGUAGCAGUUCAUAGCUUUAUUUUUUUUUCUAGAAGAGACCCGGAUACAUUAUCCUCUUCUUUACUUUUCAGAGGAUUCAACUCAGUAGGGUUUUUAUUUUUGGGGAAAAUAUUGCAGGGAAAUCUAUCUAUCUAUCUAUCUAUCUAUCUAUCUAUCUAUCUAUCUAUCUAUCUAUCUAUCUAUCUAUCUCUAUCCUUCUUUGAAGGAGAUGGGGAGGCAGUUUUAGAAAUAAUAUAUCUAAUACAUAUAGAAAUAUUAUUUAUAUUUUGUAUUUCUAAACCUCCUAUCUCCUUCAAAGAGGGAUUCUAGGCAGUGUACAGCAGAAUUCAGCACAAAUUACAAUUGGAAAAUAAAAUGAGUGCUAAUAUAUAUACAUAGUGAUGAAUGAAAAACAAGAGAAAGGUAAAAAAGAACAUCCCAAACUGAGAAUUAGAUCAGUAGCUCAUUCUUAGGCACUAGAACAAUUGAUUAAAAACCUGGUCCAAUUAAUUUAUUAAAGAGAUUAUUUUUCCAUCAAUGCGCCUAUAUCUGAGAAAUACUUCCUAAACUUCUCCUCCAAAUACCCAUCCCUUCUUUUUAAAUGAUUCCCAUUUAUGUCCUAUGGAUAGAGACAAAGUUUCCCUCAAGCAGAGCUUGACUCUUGCUGGCUACAUAGAUGGAACAGUGUAGUUUUUGCAGGGACUUGCCAUUGCCAUCUCAGCAAUGGUUUUCAGCUUGGCAGUCAAGCCUACAGCCUGGAAUCUCCUGGUGAUCUUGCAUCCAAGGACUUAGCAGGUCCCAACUGCUUUAGACUUUUGAGAUCAGAUUAAGUGGUGAAAUGCUAUUCUACAGAGAGAGUUUUACUGAGACUGAAGUGAGAGUUGAAGCCGGUCAGACUCCCUUCUUCCUAAGGUGUCUAGCAUUAUGAUGGAUCUAAAAUCCCUCCUGUGUUGAUGGAAUGGAUUUUUAUCAAUGAAUGCAAAAGAAUUUUCUUUUUCUGUUCCCUCCCUUUCUGUUCUGGACUAACUCCUAAAUCUUUGGGGUGAAAGAUAUGAGAAAAUGCUGCUGUCUUUCUGAUGGCAUGCUGACACAAUGUCAUACAACCCAUAAAUUAGGGAUCUGGCUGGUGCGCCCACUCAGUGGGUGCAACCUGAAGGAAGAAGAGACCGAGCUUUUUGGAAUCCUCCAAGCCUGGCUCUUUCUUGGCUUUCCUGCCUACACUCCACAACAAAAGCUAGAAAAGGGGGAGAAGGAUUCCGUGGGAAGAGCUAAUUCCAAGCAUCCUUAGGACUCAGAAGUAUAAAAUCCCUGGAAGUUUGAUGAGACCCUGCUUAAAUAAGGGGAGCUGGAACUGGAUUUAACUCACGGGCCUGAACUUGUUCCCCAUCAAGUGUCUUCCCCCCCCCCCCACUUUUAAUGGUAACAAAACUACAUGAAUGAUUAUACAAUUAAACAAACUCUACAUAUACCAGUAAUCGUAUCAUAUGAAGAACCUACAUAUAUAUAACAUAAAUAUUACAUACACAAGAUCUGUAUAAUAACAAUUUCUUAUAAAUAUGGUAUCACAGCUUACAUUUAUCAUUAAAACUAGAAUCUUGUAGAAACAGAUUUCUCUAUCUUAUUGUGCCCAUUAACUGUAAGUAAUACAUAAUAAUUUAUUUCCUAUUUUUCUAAACUUGUAUUUUGGAAGAGGAAAUGUUCAUUCUUAGCAAUGUUGUCUAAUUAAAACUCCUUUUUAUCCAA